UUGGUGACGUCAUGGGCUGGAAGGGCAGACAGCCAGUAGGUGGGCUGGGCUGUGGUUCUGCUUCUUAUAUCGCAAUUCACGCUAAUACGAUUAUUUAAAUCUAAUAUAGGGAUACACCAACAUCACAGGAUGAGUUAGAGGGUGUAUUUCGAGUGUGCCAGUGCACUGAAACAUGGAUCGUUGCAGUGUCCAAGUCUUUCUGCUGCUCUUGCUGCAGACUCUGCAGACAUCAGCUGAGGGCUCAGAUGGACAGUUGGUGUGUCUGUGUGACAGCCCUAAAUGCCUCCAGGCCACCCUGUGCCAAGGUACGCGUUGCUUCUCCUCUGUCAAAGUCAGCAGCAGCGGGGUGGUGUUUGAGCGCGGCUGCCUGGAGGGGCUGGAGAAAGUCCUUUUGCAUUGCUCCACAAAUCCGUCCUUCCACCAGGCCAUUUUCUGCUGCUCCCAGGACAUGUGCAACAGCAACACCACCACAAGUUCGCUGAUGUCUCUUCUUCCAACAGCCCCUGAAGGCGAGCCAGUUCGGUAUCGUGUGGAAACCUUAGCUCUCUUUGUACUUGGUCCUGUGGUGGUUCUGGCUCUGCUAUCUUUAGUGUCAGUUUUGGCCUGCAGGAGGCUCCACCAUGGCCGUCUGCAGAGGCUGCAGGAGUUUGAUACCGAGCAGGGAGCCAUAGAUGGCCUCAUCUCCUCCAAUGUGGGAGACAGCACUUUAGCGGACCUGUUAGACCACUCUUGUACAUCAGGCAGUGGUUCAGGUCUUCCCUUCCUCGUCCAGAGAACUGUGGCCAGGCAGAUCAGUCUGAUGGAGUGUGUAGGCAAAGGAAGGUAUGGGGAGGUGUGGAGGGGCCAGUGGCAGGGGGAGAACGUGGCUGUAAAAAUCUUCUCCUCACGAGAUGAGAAGUCCUGGUUCAGAGAGACGGAGAUCUACAAUACAGUGCUGCUAAGACAUGAAAACAUACUGGGCUUCAUGGCAUCUGACAUGACAUCUCGCAACUCCAGCACCCAGCUGUGGCUCAUCACCCAUUACCAUGAGAACGGUUCACUUUAUGACUACUUGCAGCGAGUUGCCGUGGAGAUGUCAGAGGGCUUGGCGAUGGCGGCGUCGAUAGCGUGCGGCCUAGUGCACCUGCACACAGAGAUCUUUGGCACAGAGGGGAAACCGGCCAUCGCACACCGCGACCUGAAGAGCAAAAACAUUCUGGUCACAAAGGAGCUGCGCUGCUCCAUCGCAGACCUGGGUCUGGCUGUAACCCACUCCCAGGCAGACAACCUGCUGGAUGUGGGCAACAAUCCAAAGGUUGGCACCAAGCGUUACAUGGCACCUGAAGUGCUGGAUGAGACAAUUCAGACAGACUGCUUUGAUGCCUAUAAGAGAGUGGACAUCUGGGCCUUUGGGCUGGUGCUGUGGGAGAUAGCAAGACGCACAUACAGCAAUGGUAUUGUUGAGGAGUACAAGCCUCCAUUCUAUGAUCAGGUGCCAAAUGACCCCAGCUUUGAGGACAUGAGGAAGGUGGUGUGUGUGGAGCAGCAGAGGCCUUUCAUUCCCAAUCGUUGGUUUUCUGAUCCUACUCUCUCUGCUCUGGUGAAACUGAUGAAGGAGUGUUGGUACCAGAACCCCUCUGCCAGGCUGACUGCACUGCGCAUUAAGAAAACCCUGGACAAGAUUCACAGCUCUCUGGAGAAGGGCAAGGAUUCAUGAGAGGGAGACGAGCCUCAGAGGCAGCUGCCUGAUGUCAGGGGUCGGCUUAGAGAAGAGCCCAGUUUUUUUUUUCCAAAGGAGAAAGGGCGAUAAGGGGGAUGGACAGAGGACCAGAAGAAAGAGUUGUUCUAGUGUCAUCCAGCCUCAUCCUUCUCUUGCUCUCUCACUUUCACUGUGGUUGCCUUCCACUGACAUCCCUUUCUCUGACUUGAAGCCCACACAGACGUUUGGACCUGUCCUGUCUGAAUAAGCCAGCCUUUGCUACAGGACACAAACCAGUUACCAAUGUGUUCGCACUGACCUGAACUGCAGACUGUUACUAAGUGUGAAGAACAUGGAUGGCAUAUUGUAGUACCCCAUCACAAUGCUUUAACGCUCAUUUAUGACUGCACGCACACACAUACACCAUGCUGAGUGUCUCUUACAAUUCAAUUUCUGAUCCCCAGCCAGUGUUUGUGGCAUGUAGUUGUAGCAUUCUGCUCAGAGACAAUCAGAAGUGUUUCACUCAUUUAGCUUCAUUAGAACAUGCAAACUAUAGCCACAAACACACACACACACACACUACAAAACACACAAAUAUGUUCACUUACAGAAGGAAAAGAGCCAAUAGAAUCAAAAUAGUUUUUAAACUUUUUAAAAAUAGUAUGAUAUUUAUGUAUUAAAUCUCCACUGCUACCACACUACUGAGGAUAAGUAAGACUGAUGUGUGAGACUGACUGUAUACAUAUAUAGGCAUCUACUCUACUGGACUUUCUGUACCCAUAUUGUCAUUAUUGGAGCUAGUAAAUGUUUUGUUGAGAAAUGGAGGAAAAAGGUUCCCACUGGGUUUGAUUGUUGUAUGGAAAAAAAUGGGAUAAACUAUAGAUACAUGUUUAUCCUGGUGGUUCAAGGAAUAGACACACAGCAAGUACCUGCCAAUAGGCUUUAGUCUGUAUCUUUAUAAUAAGAAUAUGAGUAUGAAAUGAACUGAUACUCUCUGCCUGGCAUACUCCAUAAACUCACUGUGGCUGAUUUAAAAUAAAGUCUACUGUGCAGGCAGAGAGGAAUCAAGGAAGACCUGUGACUGGUAGAGCUGACAUGUUUUAAGAUAUUGGAGCUGAAGUAGUUUUCUGUAGCGAGGUGGGCUUCCAUUUACUCCUAAUCUCCCAUCAUGCCACAUUACAAGUUGCCUGAAUUACAAGAAAAACACUCCAUCUUUAUUUGUUUUAUUCAAGAUUCAUUUUAGACAGAUAAAGUUGCCUAGGUGUGUGGUUACAAGUGAAUUUGUUCACAAAUGCUGGGUUUGUUUUGGAAAAAAUGUUGCUUUGUCUUUUUUUACAUGUAAUAAAACAUUUACUGCACUCUU